GAGUUUCGCACUCGUCGGGCACAAACGAACUACAGUCGGUAGUGGCAAGAUGAAGGUGUCCGCGUUCGUACUCGAUGGCACAUGUGUCUUCUUCGCUGCGUCCCUUGCGGUGCUCGUGUGGUACUGCAUGGUGUCAGCCCAUUGGAUGGGACAGCGCGGGGACAUUGGAACCGCAGAGUACGUCCAAGGCAUCGGACUGUGGGCCAACUACACAGCCCGUCGUGGCGACGACUGGUUUGACCCGGGCAACUCGUUCUGGCUUCCCAUCCAACAAACGGCCGUGGAGUUUUAUCAGGGGCAAUGCGCGUCGUACCAGUACCCCGACUGCUCGCUUUUGGGAAGCGGGGAAUACCAAAAGCAACUCUGCCAAGUGUUGUCGGUGCAUUGCGGCACACCGCUUCUAACCAUUCAGCUCAUGAUGUCGUUGGCUGCGGGUUUGUCGAUCGUCGUGUUGCUGUGGGUUGUGGUCAUGGUUGCGUACAAACAUCGGACGAGCACGGAAGACUACGUCGUGGGCUUAUGCGUGUUCACCGCCAUCUUGCAAAUGGCCGUCGUGGGGUGCUGGUACCUGUUUGUGUAUACACCGAUCCUGAAAACCGCGUUUUACGCUGACCAACUGUCCCGAUGCCGAGACAACAGCAAAGGCCGCACGUGUUGGAGCAUCCAGGUGGCCCCGUAUGCGACACUGGUCGCCAGUGGUUUGUACUGCGCGUUGACGGUAGCGCUGACGUCCCUGAGUGGGCUCAAAGCCCGCCGCUACAAGGUUGUCGUGCAAGACCAUUGCCGCAAAGUCCUCGCGGACACGGACGCGCGCGCGAUGCGAGAGUCCACCGCGUCCACCGUCCGCGGAUCUGAAGACUCGGUCAUCUCGCGCGACUCGAUCGCUCCUGCGUCGUAAACGCUGGAUUGUUAACACGAUACUAUGAAACGUUGGAAUUGCAGGGGG